AUGGAGCAUAUCGCAAGGAUUGCAGCCUUGGCUGAAGAAGAAUUCAAGCAUUCUGGAUCGUUCAAAAGUAUACAAGAUGGUCCAACGAAUUGUGCCACACAAAAAGAUGAAGUGGAAUGCCCCAAACCGGAGAAGUUGUCAGAAUCGGAUCUGGAACAAAAUGAUUCCUGUGAGUUUGCUGAGCAGGAAUUUCUAAAUUUGAAAGAUGACCUGGUCAAGGCUGGAUCCAAGAAUCUAUCUGUAUUAGAUCUGGAAAGAGAAUAUAAACUGACCAAAGAAGAAUUGGAGCAUAUUGCGUAUGUGGCGGAGUUAGCCGACGACCCAUUUACAAAGUUUGAUUUUCCGCAUGCUGUUGAUAAUAAAGCUAAUAUUGUAGCUGAAGAAAAAAUGACAGAAGUUUGCCAAAAAUCUUGGGACACGAAAAAAACUAAAGAGAUUUUAAUCGCUAUGAAGCAGCAUGAGACUUUUUCAAUGGAAAAACAUAUAAGUGAUAUAGCAGUGAAUGCUGAACCUCACUCAAUUCCGAAAUUGGGAGCAGCAGUCCAUGAAGAUGAAAUCUCGCAAGAAGAGAUACAUAAAAGGCCUGAGCAAAGUGAAACAGUCUUGGAAAGCAAAUUAACAGCGGUCAGAGCGCUGGAUGAUUUAAGCGAAAAGCUUCGGCUCUGUCCACAUGAAAUUUCUCACGUUGUUGAUAACGAAAAAUUGUUAGGUUUGCAUUAUCCAGCUAUGGACAAAAAAACGACUGAAGCCAACGAAGCCACUGAUUGUUACACCAGCGUAAAAAACUUCACACGCUCUAAUUCCUUUGUUGCCAGCGGCAAAAGCUCCGUAGUUCAGUCCGAAACCUUCUCAGUGUUUGAGCAGAGCGAAGAAGGAAGUUUACAUUCUUCGACAUCGGGACCAGAUUCCCCCUCAUCAGAAACCACGGAGACAACAAUUUCUGACGCAGCGCUGAAUGAUGGACUUAAUCAGGAUGAGAAAGCGUUAUCCGUAAAUGAAAAACCGCAGUCUAUUCACGUUAGUGAAAUUGCUGAAGUGGAAUUCUGGAAGCAAGAAGCCGGUUCUGAG